GUUUUCUUCUAUUUCUAUUCUUUCCCCCUCAUAAUGUCCAGUACUCCUUCUACUUGGAUUCGAGCUUGGUUCCUUAUCAGUUCUCUUGUUGUCUAUUGGGAUGCAGCCUACUGUUUACUUCGCCCUCAUAGUAUGGAAGGAGGAAGUUUGAACUAUGUAUGGCGACCCUACAACUUGUAUGCAAAGAUUGAUCAUUUCUAUGGUAUUCAAGCAUUAGAAGCAAAUGAUGGAUUCACUGGUGCUCAAGCAUUUUUGAAUCUGGUGGAAAGUACGAUGAAUUUGGUAUAUUUGUAUCUCUUGAGCAAACCUAUCAAUUCCCGCAAGGUGACCCUAUUUGGAUUUACUGCAGUUUUAUUAACCUUGAAUAAGACCGUGCUCUAUUGGUUGAUUGAAUACUUUUCUGGAUUUCAUCAUAUUGGCCACAACACGUUUUUUGAUCUUUUCUUCUUAUGGAUUAUUCCUAAUGGAUUAUGGAUCGUUGUACCAGGAUUGAUUGUAUGGAAACUAGGGCAAGAUUUGGUCAAUGAUUCUGGAAUCAAACAGGACUAAUUUUGUAUGUGAUCCGUCUUCUUUAUCCAUAUUUUUUCGUUGAUCGAUUUGUAGUUGUCCGUAUUAUUCGGCAUAGACUUUUUUUUUUCUACUUUGUAUGUAUUCAAUAAACGCAAAGUGUUUGAUUGAUUGAUUCUUCUCGUAUUAUAAUCAUGGGAUGAUAUGAUG